AUGCCUCCCUGCUUUGAUAAUGCGGAAAAUGUCACAAUACGUCAACGCGAAAAACUGAUCGUGUUGCUUGGUCGAACAGAUACAGGCAAGACAAGUACAUUUAAUUUAAUGACUGGUCUUUGUCAACCAAUUGGUAAUCGAAUCUCGAGUACAACAUCUAAAUGUUAUUCUUCGGGAAAUUACAUCGACACACCAGGAUUUGGUGAUACACGUGGUGGUGAUGUAUCUCAUUUGUCAUUAGUCGAUUUUUUCAUCUCACUUUCGUCAGGAAUUGAUAUUUUAUUUUAUUUCGUUCGAUUUGGAACGAUGAACACAACUGAUCUUAACUUAUUUCUCGAUAUUUAUAAACGAAUUUUAUCAAUCGAUGCAUACGAAAAUUCGUGUUUAGUUAUAACCGAUUAUUCAUUAGCAAAUCUCGAACAAGUCAACAUCGAUGGAAGUGAAGAAAGAAAAUCUUUGUUAAAACAAUUGCAUGACAAUGAUAAAUAUUCUUAUAUCUUAGACAAAUUUCAAAAUCGAGUGAUGUUUCUCGAUGUUUCACCGACUGAUUAUUCUCGUCGAGAAUUAUCAAAAGAAAUCAUCGAUCGAUUUCUUCAUUCGUUCCAACCCAAAUCGCGUUUCAAUUGUCAAAAUCUUCAAGAUGCCUAUCGACUUAUUCGACGAACACAAGAAAUGGAAGAACAUUGCCGAGAAUAUCGAACCGAAAUCGAGGAAUUGAAAACUGAAAAUGAGUUUUUGAGAAAUUUAUAUGAAAAACAAAUUCGUCAUUGUCAACAAUUACAAAUCUCUUACGAAGAAUCGACGAAUCAACUUGAACAAGUUCAUCAGCAAACUUUAUUAACAAUUGAAACAAAUCAUAUUUUGACAAUUGAAGAAAUGAAAAGACAAGAACUUCGUAUUCGAGAUGAAGUUAAACAAGUUCGACAGCAAUUAGAAGAAAUCGAACAAGAAAUGGAUAGAAGUGUGACAUUUAAUGUUGUUUCUUAUAUUCCAUUGAUUCACAUCAUUACAAAUAUUAUGGAACUCAAUACAAAACGAAAAAUUACUCAACGAAUUAGAAAACUGUUACAUUCGAAAAAGAAAAUUAUGUAA